GAUUCGCCCAUCGCCUUCAAGGUACGACAAAACAUCACAGUCCACAUCAUGGCGCGAGUACUUCGCAAUAGAGCGGUUGCGUCACCGAAAACUACCGACGCCGUAAAGCCUGACAGCACCCCCAAGGGCAAGAGAAAGGCCGCCGAAGAGUCCUCUCCCGUUGUGCUGAAGAAGCAGAAAUCCGCCAAGAAGGAAGAUGUCGAGACCAAGGCAGCCAAGUCACCCAAGGUAGCCAAGUCACCAAAGACUAAGAAGGAGGAGAAGAAGAAAGAAGAAGAAGAAAAGAAGCAAGAUGUGAUCGACAUGGAGGAAGAUUCCGAGUCUGAGGGACAAGAAGAUGAGGGAAACCUUCAGGCUCUGGCCGUCAACAUUGACCCGGAAGAAGAGGCCCCCGUGAACGACGAAGAAUUCCAACCGGGUCAGGACGUUGGCAAGAUCCCCAAGGUCUCGAAAGAUGUCCAGAAGUCGAUCAAGGCCUCAAAGGAAGAGCCUGGCGUUGUUUACAUUGGCCGAAUACCCCAUGGUUUCUACGAAUACGAAAUGAAGCAAUACCUGUCUCAAUUCGGCCCCAUCUCCCGGCUGCGUCUAUCACGCAACAAGAAGACUGGCGCCAGCAAGCACUUUGCCUUUGUCGAAUUUACCGAGGCCAGCACUGCCGAGAUUGUCUCAAAGACCAUGGACAACUAUCUGUUGUUUGGACACAUUCUGAAAUGCAAGGUUCUCUCCAAGGACCAGGUACACGACGACUUGUUCAAGGGAGCGAACAGAAGAUUCAAGAAGGUGCCGUGGAAUAAGAUGGCUGGUAUCCAGUUGGAAAAGCCUCUGACUGAGUCGGCCUGGGAAGCCAAGGUUGCAAAGGAGCGAGGUAACCGGGCAAAGAAGGCUGCUAAGCUCAAGGAGCUGGGUUACGAGUUUGAGGCUCCAGAACUCAAGAAGGUCCCUGCACCUAUUGCCGCAGCGAUUGACAAUGGGGAGGAAGUCAAGGCGAUUGAGGCUGCUCCAGAGGUAGCCCCGGAGGAAACAAAGCCAGCCGAAGAGACGGAGGCUGCCGAUUCAACAGAAAAGGCCCCGGCGAAGACAAAAUCGGCUGCCACUCCCAAGAAGGCAGCCAAGGCCAAGGCUACGAAGUCGACGACGACAAGGACGAGGAAGACCAAGGCUUGAGUCCAAUGAUUGGUGACUGUUACACAUAUAUUUGAUUUCACACUCGGCAGGUUCAUUACGGCGCAGUGGUUUAAUAAAAUACAAGUGCACUUUAUCUUGACAAGACC